CACCAUGUCGCUCUCUGUGCUGCUGCUGCUGCUGCUGGUCUCCAGUGUCCAGGCUGCUUUUUAUGGUUUAGUAGUGAACUACUACCCUAAUUCAAAUGGAUUUUCCAGAGGUACCCUUUAUUACAAGCUGAGCAACAGUUUCUGCAUAUACAAUCUGCCAUACUCCAUCGGUGGUGAGUCGCUUGUGCUGAACAAGGUCAACGAGGAGAGUAAUGGAGGGCCAUGCCAAACUGAAGGAAUCCUUACUCGGAUUUUUUCCAGCAACUCUAUAUUUCCAAUUCCGGUCAGUGGUUUAAGCUGGAUCUCUGGCAUCAAAAAUGGCAUUGUAUCAUUUACAGCUCAGGCUGUGGUGGAUCUGAGAUUCCGAUCCGACACCGGCAGUGCCAACACGUCACCCCAGACCACCAUCAUACCAGCUGUCAGAGUUCCUUCCAACUGCGCAAGAAAUUUCAACCUGUUGAUGUUUGAUCCUGAUGGAGAUGUAGUUAAAUGCAGAAAUGGAAACAUGUCACUGUCAGAGUGUGCCCCCUGCACACCUCCAUCUGUCCUCAGCCUCUCACCAUCCUCUUGUACCCUGUCAUUCAGUCCCACCAACAGCAGUAAUGAAGGUCCGUAUGCAGUACAGCUAAUGAUGGAGGACUUUCCCAGGGAGACCAUCACGCUCACUGAAACCGGUGGGACACAGACAACACUAACUACCAACGACGCUAUUGGCAAAAUACCAGUCCAGUUUGUCUUGAUAGUGGAUCCUGCUGUGCCAUCCUGCACAGAAGGACUCUUUCUGCCCAUGUUCCUGCCUCCAACUCCAGCGCACGGAGCUCAGUUCUUCACCAAUGUCAACGAGACUCUGCAAAUCACCAUCAGUGCACAGGCACUUAACUCCACGAUCUCUGAGCUGCUGUUCAGUGGGCCUUACACUGUAAAUAAGACUCAAACAGGCCCAGGACAGUUCACCCUGACAUGGACGCCGUCUGCCACAGAAGCAGGACAAAGCCAUCCCGUUUGUUUUGUUGUCCAGGCGAUUUUUGGUGCAAACAAGUACCAGUCUGAGCUUCGAUGUGUCAUUGUGAGAGCUGGAAAUGCAUCAAAUACCACUUCACCAACUCUACUACCUGCCAUUUCAACAACCACGCCACCAAUCAAUACACCAGUGUAUGUUGCAGGUCUGAAAAUGACGCUUACCUCUUUGGGGAAUUUGUUUCAAAGUGAUCAGGAUGCCCUCCUAAAUCAGGUGAAGCAGGUACUGGACUCAUAUGGACUGCCUGAAGGCAUCACUCUGCGCAUCAGAAGCAUUCAACCACAGGUUGCUGUAACUGCAGCACCCGCUAAUGCUACAACAUGAACAGUGAUUAUUUCUGGUUUUGGUUAUUAUUUCUAUGAGCUUCUAUUUACUGUAACACUACAUGCAACUUAAAUGUAACUGGACAAACUAAUUAUAUUCAAUAAAAUUUAUGUACUGAAUUGACCAAAAUCAUGAUAAUAAUACUUUUUUCCCUUAAUUAUGAGAUUUAUUACUUAUUACAACAAUCUUUGUACCAGAUAUG